CCAACAAAUAUAGAGCAGCGUCACCACCGGACCCAUCCAAACCAAAACACAAAUGGCAAUCAAGACAACAUCGAUCUCAAUCUGCUCCGUCCCGGCUCUCUUCUUCGCAUUCACUCUCCUCUUCGCUUUCUCUCUCUCUCUCUUCUUCCUCUCCAAUCCCCCUCCUCCCUCUUCCGCCUCAUUCUCCAUCUCCCAACCCAACUCCAUCAAUGUCUACCUCGCAGACCUCCCCAGAUCCCUCAACUACGCCCUCCUCCACACCUACUGGGCUUCCGGCCCCGACUCCCGCCUCACUACCGACGCCGACCACCAAACCCAAAACACCCUUUUGCCCACGACCCUCAACUUCCCACCUUACCCUGAGAAUCCAUUGAUUAAGCAAUACAGCGCCGAGUACUGGAUCCUGGGGGACCUCAUGACCCCUCCUCAUCAGAGAACUGGGUCUUUUGCCAGACGGGUUUCCGACCCCGCCGAAUCUGACGUCGUGUUCGUACCGUUCUUCGCUACUCUGAGCGCCGAGCUGCAGCUGGCGACUGCUAAAGGAGUGUUCAGGAAGAAGGUUGGCAAUGCAGACUAUGAGAGGCAGAGGCAGGUGGUGGAUUUGGUGAAGAACACUGAGGCUUGGAAGAGGUCUGGUGGAAGAGACCAUGUGUUUGUCCUCACUGACCCUGUGGCAAUGUGGCAUGUCAGAGCAGAGCUAGCCCCGGCGGUUCUCCUGGUUGUAGACUUUGGCGGGUGGUACAGGCUUGAAUCCAAGUUAUCAAAUGACAAUACAUCGGAUGUGAUUCAGCACACGCAAGUUUCGAUACUCAAAGAUGUCAUCGUGCCAUACACGCAUCUACUUCCAAGGUUGCAACUAUCGGAGGACAAGAAGCGGCCGACUCUACUCUAUUUCAAAGGAGCUAAACACAGGCACCGGGGAGGCUUAGUCCGUGAAAAAUUGUGGGAUUUGUUGGUUAAUGUGCCCAAUGUUAUCAUGGAGGAAGGCUUCCCUAAUGCCACUGGGAGGGAGCAAUCGAUAAAAGGGAUGAGAACAUCAGAGUUUUGCUUGCACCCGGCUGGGGACACUCCCACUUCAUGCCGGCUUUUUGAUGCCAUUCAAAGUCUUUGUAUACCUGUUAUUAUCAGUGACGACAUAGAGCUUCCUUUCGAAGGAAUGAUAGAUUAUUCAGAAUUUUCAGUUUUUGUAGCAGUUAGUGAUGCGUUGACACCAAACUGGCUUGUGGGUCAUCUUACGAGCAUUCCGAGAGCAGAGAGGGAUAGAUUUCGUCAGAAAAUGGCUCAGCUACAGCCGGUGUUUGAGUAUGACAAUGGUCAUCCUGGAGGCAUUGGGCCAAUUCCUCCUGAUGGUGCAGUGAACCACAUAUGGAAAAAGGUUUACCAAAAGCUUCCGUUGAUUAAGGAAGCAAUCCUUCGUGAAAACAGAAGACCUACCGGUGUAUCACUUCCACACCGUUGUCAUUGUACGUGAGUAAAGUGACUUAUACUCCUAUACUUGUUCAUGAUAGUAUCUUGUGUUGCAAUAGGUUUGUUCACUUAUUUUGCUUUUUGUGAAAAUCAUAAUCUGUUUACAUUGUAAUUCAAUUUUAUUCAUUAUCCCUUGUAAACCACAUGGUAAUUCAAUUAUUAAUUGGGCAAAUUAUAAAAAAGUAUCAUUCCUAACUUAUAUUAGAAAAA